AUGAUCGGCUGGAAGUACACGAACGCGUGGUUGGUCGGCAACCUGAUGUGCAAGCUGCUACUAGUGCUGCGAGCCUUCGGUCUCUAUCUGUCUUCUAACGUCCUCGUUUGCAUCUCUGUUGAUAGGUUCUUCGCCGUCAUAUACCCGCUUCGGCUGCCAGUGGCACGCAGGCGCAGUAAACAGAUGCUGCUCUGCGCCUGGGCAUUCGCACUCGCGUGUAGUUUACCUCAGAGUGUAGUAUUCCGUGUGAAGCGUCACCCACAAGUCGCUGGUUUUGAGCAGUGCGUCUCCUUUGGCGCCUUCAGUUCAGAACAACAAGAAGUGGUGUAUAAUGUCUUCUGUCUCUGCGCCAUGUACUUCUUGCCGCUGAUUGUGAUCACAGUCUGCUACGUGUGUAUCUUCUGCGAGAUACAUAGAAGCAGUAAGGAGUUGGAUGAAAAACGCAUGCACCGCAGUAGUGUAGGACACGUGCGUCUGCGCCGCUCUGACCGACGCGUGCUAGAACGAGCCCGGCGUCGGACACUGCGCAUGACUGUCACUAUAGUCGCCGUGUUCGCUCUCUGCUGGCUCCCUUACGCUACUAUUACUAUGUGGGUCCAAGACUUACUCUUCGUGAUGGCUGUCUCCAACUCCUGCAUGAAUCCCCUGGUGUACGGCUCCUAUACCCUGGACCUCAAGGGGCUGCUGAGGAGAUUACUGAAGAAGACUUGCUGUCACUCAUCAGGUGCCUCAGAUACGAUAGGUAUCGAUGGAUCAGGAUCAAGUUCGAUUAAGAAUAGAAAUGUCAAUUUGGAGACGCCGCUAAUGAAAUCGGUAAAGGGUAAUAAAGUCCGCACUCGUCUAGGAGUGCGAUUCGCAGAGACAUCUCUAACAGCCGUGCCCUCUCGCCUCGAAGUGCCCAAAGUGGUGAGAGGGCCCGCCUGA